AUGAGCAGACGAAGGGAUGAAGAUGAGGAUCGUUGGGAUAGACGCGACCGCACAAGGGACUCCUACGAUCGCAGUAGAGACAGAGACAACGGUAGGGAACGCGUGCGAUCGCCGGAUCGCGAACGGCACAGACGCGAUGAAGAUGAUAGAGGCGACAGGGAUAGGCGACGGACGACAGGGAUGAUCGUGGAGACAGCAGAGGCCACGGAAGCGAUGGCGGCGGCAGUGAUGAUCGCUUCAAAUUCAUGA